CGGGCCCGCGCCCUCCGCGGGGCAGGGAUGCAUCAUGGCCACGCUGGCUUGUCGCGUGCAGUUCCUGGACGACACGGACCCUUUCAACAGCACCAACUUCCCGGAGCCCAGCCGGCCGCCGCUGUUCACGUUCCGCGAGGACCUCGCGCUCGGCACCCAGCUGGCCGGGCUCCACCGGCUGCUGCGGGCGCCGCACAAGGUACGCGCGGCGGGGCCGCCGCUCUGGGCACGCCGCGGGGGUCAGGCGCCGCCAGCGGGCUCAGUCCCCGGUGCGUGUGGGGGCACGAGUGCCCGUGGGCAGAGCGACCCUCCCGGGCGGGCGGGCGGGAAGGACAGCUCCGCGCCCCGACCCGGGUCUGCGGGCGAGCGCGGCCGAGCAGAGAUGAAGGAAUGGAGGCGGGGCAAGAAGCACAGCAUUAUUCUGAGGACGCAGCUUUCUGUGAGGGUCCACGCCUGCAUUGAAAAACUGUACAACUCCAGUGGACGAGAUUUAAGAAGGGCCCUUUUCUCCCUGAAGCAGAUAUUUCAGGAUGACAAAGAUUUGGUGCAUGAGUUUGUGGUGGCUGAAGGUCUGACAUGUUUGAUCAAGGUGGGAGCAGAGGCCGAUCAGAACUACCAGAACUACAUCCUGAGGGCACUGGGCCAGAUUAUGUUGUACGUGGAUGGGAUGAAUGGCGUCAUCAACCACAGCGAGACCAUCCAGUGGCUGUACACGCUGGUUGGAUCGAAGUUCCGCCUGGUGGUGAAGACAGCCCUGAAGCUGCUGUUGGUCUUUGUGGAGUACUCGGAGUCCAAUGCGCCUCUCCUCGUCCAGGCCGUCUCUGCUGUUGACACCAAAAGAGGUGUCAAGCCCUGGUCCAACAUCAUGGAGAUCCUGGAGGAAAAAGAUGGAGUUGACACGGAGCUGCUGGUUUAUGCAAUGACAUUAGUGAACAAGACAUUGUCAGGGUUGCCAGAUCAAGACAGCUUCUACGACGUGGUGGACUGUUUGGAGGAACUGGGCAUCGCCGCCGUGUCGCAGAGGCAUUUGAACAAGAAAGGGACUGACCUAGACUUGGUGGAGCAAUUCAACAUUUAUGAGGUGGCCCUGAGGCACGAGGAUGGUGAUGAGACAGCAGAACCACCCCCCAGUGGGCUCCGGGAGCGGAGGAGGGCCAGCAUGUGCUCUGCUGGCGGCGGGGGUGAGCAGCAGGGCCUGGACCGCAGAAGGAGUCGUAGACACUCAAUACAGAGCAUCAGGAGCCCGCUGUCGGCCCCCACGAGUCCCUGCUCCCAGGCGGCACCCACCUUCAAGCCCAGCCAAGUGCGAGAUCUCUGUGAAAAAUACAGCAACCUUGGCAACACCUCUUUCCACUCCUCAAGACCUUCAUCUGGAUCCAGUGUGCCUCCCACACCCACGUCGUCUCUCUCACCAACACAAGAUGCCAGGGUGGAACGGUCAUCACCGAGUGGUCUUCUCACGUCAUCCUUUAGGCAGCACCAAGAGUCGCUGGCGGCCGAGAGAGAACGGCGGAGACAGGAGAGAGAAGAAAGGCUGCAGAGGAUAGAACGGGAAGAAAGGAACAAAUUCAACCGAGAGUAUUUAGACAAAAGAGAAGAGCAAAGACAAGCAAGGGAAGAAAGAUACAAAUACUUGGAGCAGUUGGCAGCUGAGACACAGGAGAAGGAACUGAGAAGCCGGAGUGCAAGCCGGGGCAGAGCUGACCUCUCCUUGGAUCUGAGCUUGCCAGCUGCCCCUGCCUCACCUGCCCUGCCAAGCCCCAGCCCCUCGCCUGUGGACUCACGGGUGACACUCACCGCAUCCUCCUCCUCCCCAGCGGCGCUUCAGCAUCUCCAAGCAGUAAGUAUCGAGGAUCCCGAGCCUGAACCAGAGGCAGAGACGGGGCAGAUCACUGAUGAAGCCAGCCAAGACAUAGACUGUGCCCCUGGGGGAGCAGAGAGUGAAGGGGAGCGGGCACUGGAGCAAGAGCCCGAAGAAAGAGCCUCCCUCAGUGAAAAAGAGAGGCAGAACGAGGAGGUGAACGAGAGGGACAACUGCUCCGCCUCCAGCAUCUCCUCCUCCAGUAGCACCUUAGAGAGGGAGGAGAAAGAAGACAAGCUCUCCAGGGACAGGACAACUGGUUUGUGGUCUGCAGGUAUUCAGGAUGCGGGUGUAAAUGGACAGUGUGGUGACAUUCUCACCAGCAAACGAUUCAUGCUGGACAUGCUGUAUGCCCAUAACAGAAAGUCCACGGAUGAUGAGGAGAAGGGAGAGGAGGACCAUGGGAGGACUGUUCAGGAGGCAGAGGCAGUGGCCAGCCUCGCCACCAGAAUGUCCACGCUGCAGGCCAACUCUCAGGCUACAGAGGAGAAUGUCAAGAGAGUGGACAUAGGUUGUUUGGACAACCGGGGCAGUGUGAAAGCAUUUGCUGAGAAAUUCAACAGUGGUGACCUGGGAAGAGGUUCCACCCCUCCUGAUGCAGAGUCCACUGAUAAGGGCCCAGACUCAGCACCUGCACAGUUAAAGACUGAGUCUGACUAUAUCUGGGACCAGCUCAUGGCCAAUCCAAGGGAGCUCAGAAUUCAAGACAUGGAUUUCACCGACCUGGGGGAGGAAGAUGACAUCGAUGUCCUGGAUGUGGAUCUGGGUCACCGGGAAGCUCCAGGGCCACCUCCCCCACCCCCACCCACAUUUCUGGGUCUGCCGCCCCCACCCCCUCCACCCCUAUUGGACAGUGUGCCUCCCCCUCCAGUCCCCGGUAAUUUAUUGGCUCCUCCUCCUCCAGUGUUCAGUGCUCCUCAGGGCUUAGGGUGGGCCCAGGUACCCAGGGGUCAGCCAGCAUUCACCAAGAAAAAGAAGACCAUCCGUCUGUUUUGGAAUGAGGUCCGGCCCUUUGAGUGGCCAUGUAAGAGCAAUCGCCGCUGCAGGGAAUUCCUGUGGUCAAAACUGGAACCCAUCAAAGUGGACACUUCCAGACUAGAGCACCUGUUCGAGUCCAAGUCCAAGGAACUGUCUGUCACAAAGAAAACUGCUGCAGAUGGGAAGAGACAAGAGAUCAUUGUCCUUGAUUCCAAGAGGAGCAAUGCUAUCAACAUUGGCCUGACCGUCCUGCCCCCUCCAAGAACCAUUAAGAUAGCUAUUUUGAAUUUUGAUGAAUAUGCUUUAAACAAAGAAGGGAUUGAGAAAAUUCUAACCAUGAUUCCCACUGAAGAAGAGAAGCAGAAAAUCCAGGAAGCUCAACUGGCCAACCCUGAUGUGCCCUUGGGCAGUGCAGAGCAGUUCCUCCUUACACUUUCCUCCAUCAGCGAACUGUCAGCUCGGCUCCACUUGUGGGCAUUUAAGAUGGACUACGAAACCACAGAAAAAGAAGUGGCAGAACCUCUUUUGGACCUGAAGGAAGGAAUAGACCAGUUGGAGAAUAAUAAAACCUUGGGCUACAUCUUGUCUACUCUCCUUGCCAUUGGGAACUUUCUAAAUGGAACUAAUGCCAAAGCAUUUGAGUUAAGCUACCUCGAGAAGGUUCCAGAAGUCAAAGACACAGUGCACAAGCAAUCGCUUCUCCACCACGUGUGCACCAUGGUGGUGGAAAACUUCCCAGACAGCUCUGAUUUGUACUCAGAAAUUGGGGCCAUCACCCGGUCAGCCAAGGUUGAUUUUGAUCAACUUCAGGAUAAUUUGUGUCAGAUGGAGAGAAGAUGCAAGGCUUCAUGGGAUCACCUCAAGGCAAUUGCAAAACAUGAAAUGAAACCAGUCUUAAAACAACGGAUGUCAGAAUUCCUAAAAGACUGUGCAGAACGAAUUAUAAUUUUAAAAAUUGUUCACAGAAGGAUAAUUAACAGGUUCCACUCCUUUUUACUCUUUAUGGGACAUCCACCUUAUGCCAUCCGGGAAGUAAACAUCAACAAGUUCUGCAGGAUCCUCAGUGAAUUUGCGCUGGAGUAUCGUACCACCAGAGAGAGGGUUCUGCAGCAGAAACAGAAGCGAGCCAACCACCGAGAGAGAAAUAAGACCAGAGGGAAGAUGAUCACUGAUUCUGGCAAAUUCUCUGGCAGUUCUCCAGCAACCCCAAGCCAGCCGCAAGGUCUGAGCUACGCUGAGGAUGCUGCUGAGCACGAAACCAUGACGGCCGUAUUGAAAAGCUCAUCCCCAGCGGUGGAGGACGUCAUCCCUGGGCUGGGUGUCCGAACACGGAGCCGGGCAAACCGAGGAUCCACUAGUUCAUGGACUGUGGGAACCGAUGAGUCACCUAAUGUCACAGAUGAUGCAGCUGAUGAGAUCAUGGACCGCAUUGUCAAGUCGGCCACCCAAGUGCCCAGCCAGCGAGUGGUGCCCCGGGAGAGGAAGCGAUCCCGGGCCAACCGCAAAUCUUUGCGAAGGACCCUGAAGAGCGGCCUGACCCCGGAGGAAGCCCGAGCCCUGGGCCUGGUCGGCACCUCUGAACUACAGCUGUGAGGGCCCCUGAGAAGGAUGCUCAGCAGAGGACCCACUCUGACUGCACCUACCCCCUCCAGUGGGGUUGGAGAGACUUGUCACUGACGCCUGGUGGUUCUGAACAGAGUGCUCACUUCUAGGUUUCACAUGUGGCUUGUGUCGCUGCUACACACUGACAUGGAUCUCCAGGAAUCCCUUGCACAUACUUUCAUCAUGUCAGCCAUUUCUCUUGUUUCCUUGACACCUAGUGUAUUAGUUCCGAGUGUGACAUCUUUUCUGAGAAGGGACAGCCCUUUUGAGGAACAAAUCAUUUCUGUCACAGUUGGUAUGAUCAUGUGAGGCAAUUGGAAUAGAUUCUGACUGGGUCUCCACAGCAAACCAAAUAUCUACAUGUAAACUCCAGCGCCAUACACAAAAGCAAGCACAGGUUGUUUACCAGUUGUGGAUUUUAGAUGUACCAAAUGUUUAUACAAAUUCAUAAAUGUAUACCAUGUUUCAAAUGAUAAAUAAAGUUUACUGUCACCAA